UUAAAUUAUCGUUGCAUAAGCAUAAAAAGGCGAUAAGUUUGUUAGUACUGGGUAAAAAUUCAUAUCAGUUACCAUGAAAGGAAUAGUAUGCAUUGCCUUUGUUCUUUUGUUCGUUACUGUAGUUUUUGGACAGGAAGAUCAAUGUGGCCCUAACUCACACUACGUACAAUGUAAAUCUUGUUGUCCUGAACCUACCUGCCAAAGUAGAAUCGGUGGAAGAUGUGGCAAUUGCCCAGCUGUUUGUACUCCAGGCUGCUAUUGUAACAGUGGUUUUAUACGACAAUCAACAAACGGACCAUGUAUUCCAGUAGAAAAAUGUUUGUAAAAUAAAAAGUUUAAUUGUAAAUUUCAAAAUAAACUUUGUUACUUUUCAAAUAAAAUUUUCUGUUGUUACAUUACAUU